UCCUCCUCUGGCGCAAGGGCGGCUGUGUGUGGCAUGGCUCUGGGCGGCCGGUGAGGGAAGGGCAGGGCCAGACUCGGGGCCUCAUUCCUCAAGGGCCACGGCCCUCCUCUUCCUCAGUCAUGGCUGCCAACAUGUACCGCGUCGGAGAUUAUGUCUACUUUGAAAACUCUUCAAGUAACCCAUAUUUGAUACGCAGAAUAGAAGAACUAAAUAAGACAGCCAAUGGAAAUGUAGAAGCAAAGGUGGUGUGUUUCUAUAGACGAAGGGACAUCUCAAGCACACUAAUUGUACUGGCUGACAAACAUGCAAGAGAAAUGGAAGAAGAGAUGGAAAACCCAGAAAUGAUGGAUCUACCAGAGAAACAGAAACACCAGCUGCGUCAUCGCGAACUGUUUCUCUCACGGCAAUUGGAAUCCCUACCAGCCACGCAUAUUCGAGGCAAAUGCAGUGUUACUCUGUUAAAUGAGACAGAAUCCCUUAAAUCCUAUCUGGAACGUGAGGACUUCUUUUUUUAUUCACUGGUAUAUGACCCACAGCAGAAAACACUUUUGGCUGAUAAAGGAGAGAUUAGAGUUGGGAACAGAUUCCAGGCUGAUAUAACAGACUUCCUGAAAGAAGGUGAAGAUGAUGGCAGAGAUCAGUCAAAGCUUGAAACAAAAGUUUGGGAAGCGUUUAAUCCACUAAUAGACAAACAAAUAGACCAGUUUCUUGUAGUGGCACGCUCUGUUGGUACAUUUGCUCGCGCUCUAGAUUGCAGUAGUUCUGUUCGACAGCCAAGCUUACAUAUGAGUGCUGCAGCAGCCUCUAGGGACAUCACAUUGUUCCACGCCAUGGAUACUUUGCACAAAAAUGUCUAUGACAUUUCCAAGGCAAUCUCUGCCCUUGUACCACAGGGUGGGCCUGUUUUGUGCAGGGAUGAGAUGGAAGAAUGGUCUGCUUCAGAGGCAAAUCUCUUUGAAGAAGCCCUUGAAAAAUAUGGAAAAGAUUUCACUGAUAUUCAGCAAGAUUUUCUUCCAUGGAAAUCUCUAACCAGCAUAAUUGAGUAUUACUAUAUGUGGAAAACAACAGAUCGUUAUGUUCAACAGAAACGGUUGAAAGCUGCAGAAGCAGAAAGCAAACUAAAGCAAGUAUAUAUCCCUAAUUAUAACAAGCCAAAUCCCAACCAGAUAAGUGUAAACAGCGUCAAGCCAGGAGUGGUAAAUGGUGCAGGAGUUCAGGCACAGAACGUGGCAAUAGGACGAGCAUGUGAAAGCUGCUAUAUGACCCAAUCUCACCAGUGGUAUUCUUGGGGCCCUCCUAACAUGCAGUGUCGGCUUUGUACAUCUUGCUGGACAUACUGGAAGAAAUAUGGUGGCUUGAAAAUGCCAACUCGGCUAGAUGGAGAGCGGCCAGGGCCAAAUCGGAACAACUUGAGUCCUCACAGUGCACCCAUAAGAAACAACGGGAGCCCAAAGUUUGCCAUGAAAACACGGCAAGCUUUCUAUCUACACGCAACAAAGCUGACCCGACUUGCCAGACGAUUAUGUAGGGACAUCUUGCGUCCAUGGCAUGCAGCACGACACCCUCACACGCCUAUCAACAGUGCAGCAAUCAAAGCAGAAUGUGCAGCGCGAUUACCAGAUUCUUCAGAAAAUUUGUUGUUACUAAAGCAAGUUGUUAGAAAACCUUUAGAAGCAGUACUUCGGUAUCUAGAGUCUCAUCCUUGCCCUCUGAACCUGUCCUGCAAGAGUUUGUCUGGCUCCCUCAACAGUGUGUCUUGUACUAGUUUGCUCCAGUGAUUAAAUGGAUCACCAACUAUUUUGGGGAAGAGAAGCUAUGAGCAGCACAAUGGGAUAGAUGGCAACAUGAAGAAGCGCCUUUUGAUGCCUAGUAAGGGUCUGCCUAACCACGGACAAACCAGACAAAUGGGACCAAAUCGAAACUUGCUGCUCAAUGGGAAAUCAUACCCAACAAAAGUCCGGUUAAUCCGUGGUGGAAUCAUGUUUCCAGUGAAAAGGAGGAGGAUGAACUGGAUUGACGCUCCUGAUGAUGUUUUCUACAUGGCCACUGAGGAAACCAGGAGAAUUCGUAAGUUUCUUCCCUCUUCAGAAGCCAGGCGAGCUGCAAGACGCCCAUACAAGACUAUUGUUCUCCAGCCCCUACAGGGCCUGCAUCUACCCCAGCCUGUGAAUGAUGAACCAAUCAUCAUUGAGGACUGAAACAAACUGACUGAUCUAUGAUAGACUGGUGGAUUUCCCAGAGGACCUUUCUCAGCCACAUCCUGCCAUAUACCCUUCUGGAGGUUCUGUGGCUAGGGUUGAAUCCACUGCACACGAGGAAGAACAGAACUACAUUUCUUUGACUCUUGAAAGGAAUUUGGACCUGUUCUGGUUCUUGAUGGCCAGAUUGCACAUCGGUGUGCUUUCCCCUUUUUUAAAAAAGAAAGACAUUUUGGUAGCAGAUUUUUUUUUCUUUGCUUCUAGCUUAUUCUGCUCCUUUUGUAAGCAAGUGGAAAGCAAAGUAAAUUUAACUUAUUGAGAAAAGUGGAGGCUAGUUAGCAUACUCUGUUUUCAUAAAGGGAAAUCCAGAUGGCUUCAUUUUAUGCCUGAGCUUUUAUUGUUCAGAUGUUUUAUGAGAACGUUGUAAGUGUGUGUGUGUGUGUGUGUUUGUCAAGAGUACCAUUUUUAAAUUCCAUUUACAUUAUUUCUUUGUAGUUAAAGUGCCAAUGUGUAUCUGUAAUAUCUGGAAAUAUAGAACCUGAAAACUUA